GUGAACUGUCAUUUUCUGAGUGUGAUAAAAAUACAGAACCUCACAUACGUUGUUUUCGCUUCUUAUUUACUGCACAAAUAUAUUAAGAUAAUCAGAAUGGUAGGCAGAGGCUGAUGGAUGAGAAAGAUGAAUGAUAGCUCCAGUAAAAAUAAAAAGGGAAUUCCCCAUUUACAAAUUCCGGUCCAGAUCACACAUAUGUAUGAUACAAGAUAAAUUUAUCACAUGGUUUGAAAAUGUCUUUAUCACUAUAGUAAGAUUGAAUAGGUAUGUAAUAAAUAACUGUUUUAAUUUCUGUUUAGACCAGGAACAGAUUUGAUAUCCUCAGCAACAAUCUCAUCAUCUCAACAAGAGGACGUGGACACUCUGUCAAAUGCAUUUCAUGACAAAGUUAGUGUCGGGGUUGGAGAUGACCGGCCGCAUUUUGAAGGUGCUCAUGGAGACAACCAUCUGCAUUAUGAAGGUUUUCAUGGAGACGACCGUCCGCAUUAUGAAGGUGUUCAUAGAGACGACCGUCCGCAUUAUGAAGGUGCUCAUGGAGAUGACCAGACGCAUUAUGAAGGUGCUCAUGGAGAUGACCAGAUGCAUUAUGAAGGUGCUCAUGGAGAUGACCGGACGCAUUUUGAAGGUGCUCAUGGAGACAACCAUCCGCAGAAGGCACAACAUUAUGAUGUUCCCAAAGCCGCUGCUAAGGACAGACAUCAUUGUGAAGGUGCUGUAGCUGCUGCUCUGGAACCACGAUGUGAAGGUGCUGCAGCUGUUGCUCAGGAACCACGAUGUUGUAAAGGCUCCGUUGGCGGACAGCAUCAAGAGGUGAUUUUGAACAACCAGCGUGAAGCUGCUGUUUCUAGAAGAUCUUCUAGAACAUCAUCUAAAACUUUAACUUCAUCACCAUCAAAGAAAGGGAGGGACUUUACUAAAGAAGAAGUGACUGGUGCUCUUCAACACAUGGCUGGUUGGAAGUCAGUCAACACAGACAUUGAGGUAAGCAUUUAAAACCCUAAUCAAAUUUAUAUUCAAUUGGUUUUGUCUUAUAACAUAAUAUUCAUAAUAUUGAGGUCAAUCCUUUGACUGAGGGGCAGGAUGUAGCCUAGUGGUACAGCACUCGCUCGAUGCGCGAUCAGUCUGGGAUUAAUCCCCAUUUGUAGGUCCAUUGGGCUAUUUCUCGUUCCAGCCAGUGCACCACGACUGGUAUAUCAAAGGCAGUGGUAUGUACUACCCUGUCUCAUAUGCAUAAU